GAACGCAACACAACGCUAUUGAAUGACAACAGUUUCAUGCGACAUUUGUAGUUUAAACAUUAUAUUACCCAUCACUUAAAAACACAACUUAGCUAUGUCAGUGAAUUAUGCUGCUGGGUUGUCGCCGUAUGAAGACAAAGGAGUAUGCGGACUCCCAGAGAUAUUCGAUGGUCCCGAGGAACUGAAAACCAAAGUGGAGACCCUGGCCCAGCUGAUUAAAGAAUCCCAGUACAUGGUGGUCCACUCGGGGGCAGGAAUCAGCACCUCAGCAGGCAUCCCAGACUUCAGGGGUCCAAAAGGGGUGUGGACGUUAGAACAAAAGGGGGAAAUGCCUCAUUUUGAUACAACGUUUGAAGACGCUAAACCCAGUUUGACCCACAUGGCGCUGCUGGGUCUACAGCGGGCCGGCUACUUGAAGUAUCUCAUCAGUCAAAAUGUUGAUGGCCUCCAUGUGCGAUCAGGUUUCCCAAGGGAUUUGUUGUCUGAGCUCCAUGGAAACAUGUUUGUGGAGGAGUGUGAGAAGUGUGCCAGGCAGUACGUUCGAGAAAAGGUGAUCGGAGUGAUGGGACUGAAACCGACUGGACGUUACUGUGACAUGGUUAGGUCCAGGGGACUGCGAGCUUGCAGGGGGAAGCUGAUCAGCACCAUUCUGGACUGGGAGGAUGCCCUUCCGGACGAUGAUCUGAACAAAGCUGACAAUGCGAGCAGACAAGCAGACCUGGCUCUGACUCUUGGCACAUCCAUGCAGAUCAAACCCAGCGGAGAUCUUCCGCUCCUCACAAAGCGCAAAGGCGGGAAGAUUGUAGUCGUCAACCUGCAACCCACAAAACAUGACAAGCAUGCCUUCCUGCGUAUCCACGGCUACGUGGACGAGGUCAUGAAGCAGCUAAUGGAACUACUGGGACUGGACAUUCCGCUUUGGGAGGGGCCCACUGUGUGUGAAAGCUCCUGUAAGGCCGAGCUUGACGCCGACAUCAAAAGAGCAAGUACCGAAAAGGCAGAGAAGAAUGUUAAAACGGACCUUAAUAAGGAGGAAAGGAAGCGAGAUGCGGCGCAGCUAUUGGACAGCGAGAAUGUCAAAGAGGAUGUUGUCCCAGUGAAGCAGGAGAGAGCAGACUCUGAGGUGAAAUAGCCUUGAGUUGUUAAAGUCUCACCGAUCAGAUCAGCUGAAACCAUCAAUCCUACGACUAAUUAAGCGGCGAGGGUAAGUCAAAAUCCAACAGGUUCACAUCCUCGUGGAAUUCAGCACAAAUCAGGAUGGACACUCAAGGAUUCUCCGAACACUGGGGUAACAGCACACGUUCAUAUCGCUUCUUUCAUCUGACUUAAAUAUGUGUUUAUACCUUUUUAUAUAUAAGCAUGUCCUGUGCUUUUACCCACCUCAAGUUCACUUGUCUUCACUGAACAUCACCGGGUGAAGGACUUAGCGGCCUUGGUGGCUCCAGUAGUGCGUCCCAGAGCGAACAUUGUGUUGUGGUGUUAAACUUUAACUAUGUUCGACCAUUGUGAACAAGUCGACGCGAGCUAGCUUUUCCAUUCCUGUCAGUGAUAGUGUUUAUCUGUAGGCCUUUUUAAAACAUAUCUCAGGUAUUUAUGUUGUUAACAAGUUGUUUUUUUAAUGUUUUAUUUGGCAAUAAAACCAAUGAAAACAUGUCACCUCAACAUCCUCAUCCACUUAAAACCACAACUGUUGAGAGUUUUUAUAUGCAUUAAUAUAGAUGUAUUUUUCACCAUAUAUUUUCAGUCACGCCUUCUCCCACGCCAAGUCCUCCCACUAGUGUCACAGCAUUUGGACUUCUCUCCUCAGUGGUGUGGUGGAGUUUUAUCUUUUUUUACUUGACCCAUUUUAAAGCUUGGUUUCACACUCUAAAAGCUCCUUUCUUCUCCUCUACCUCUUGGUGUUUAUCGGUGAAAUGUUGUCUUGCCAUCAUCCCCCACAGGUCGUGCCUUGUCUCAGUCUUAUAUUAUUUCAAAUGAAUUUUAGCCUUGGCCUCAACUGAA